GUGUUUACAAAUGCAGCGCUAACAGGUUGCAGAACGAUUUCUGGACGGGACCCUGGUAGUGAAGCGCUUGUCCAAAGACGGUCAAGGGAUCAGACACAACAGCGCAGAGUGAAGACGAGCCCAGUGUUAGGAGAUGACGACCAACUCUUCAGCCAGUGGCGAUAGGGAGUCUCCAGUGCUAAGCCCAAGGGAGGCAGGCGAGCCCUUCACUUAUACACCGUCUGUAAGGCCAAAGAAAAGGUCUGCAAAAAAUGGGCAAAGAAAGAAGAAGAAGGAUGAAAGUAAUGGACCACCCUGUCGGCCAGAAUUUAUCUCCAGGGAAGUUGGGAGUGACGGAGGUGUUAUCGAAACCACCUGUAAGGAUGUUGUUCUUCACAUCCCUCGCAAUCACUCAUCAGAGAAGGGAGUGCAAAAUGUGACUGUUACCGUGACAACGGAUCGUCCACCAGAAGCACAGGGCCCCCAGAAGGUGGCAGUUGCACCCCUGGUGAAAGUAGAGCUUAGUGAAGCAAAGAAAGUGGAAAAGAACAUUGUUGUGGACAUAGAGAUGGAUACAAGGAUCAAAGAUGAAGAGAACUCCACCCAUAUCGCGUGCCUCCGAAGCAGCUCACCUGCCAGUGGUUUUGAGGAAGUAGACCGUCGACUGUACCGCAUGUUGCCAGGCAACAUCAUCCGACUGCUUCUGCAACGGCCCCUGCAGGAAAACUUCAUCAUGGUGGUAGCAAAGACAGUGAAGGAAUAUGUCUGGGACACACUGGAACGAAAAGUGACUUUUGCAGUGUUUGGUCCAUGGGUUCUCCAAACGUCCAUGGUCCCUGUCCUAUUCUAUUCCAGCCAUGGCCGUCGUGGACUUCUGGCAUGGUACGACUCCUUGAAGGAGAGAAUGGGGUCUUCAAGUCAGGCAGAAGGCCAUGUACAGUGGGGAGAAAGCUAUGACUUGUACGUGGACAAACCACAGAAACUUGAGGUUAUGGCAUCACUCGAAAAAACAUCUUGCUGGACAGUUAAAGAUGAAAACGAACAGAAGAUCAUAUCCAAGGAAGCAGUUGAGAAAAGGUGGAAUGGCAAGCAUGGGUUUGUGGUGUCCAAGAAGAGUGGCAAGAAGACCGACCCAUUUGCCCUCACCUUAAACGUAAAGCCUGAGGAGAAAAGCAGGCCCUUUGUCUUCCAUGUUGCCACCCCGGCCGGUCCCCCCGACAGUGCCCCAACAAGCCCACGGCUAAAGCGUCGAAGAAGAGGUACACCUCAGAGGAAGUUAACUGCCUGUCAAAAUGCAAUGGCUCCCUCCGUCAUAAUCUGUGAUGUUGUUAAGGCCAAAGUGACCCGACGCAGAAGCCAGUGGUAUCAACUGGACUAUGAUAAAGGACAGCUGAUUCCGGUCUUGACCAACCAGGGGGUCUUUGGACAUAGCGAGAAGGUACUGAAAGAGUAUUGGGUAGGGUAUACCGAUGGAAGAGUUGGCUUCUUCCGAAGAGAUGAUGUGGAAAUUGUGGAGGGGUUCCGCCGCGAGGUCUGUCCAACCAAGGACGGCCUUCUCCGCUCCCUUUUAGAGCCUUGUCGCCAUCUCAAGUUCAACUACAACUUCAUCCGACAGGAGGUGGUGAGCAACCUUGUGAAGUGGCCCAGGUUUGCGAGGCAGGUUGGCUUCAAUGAGGCUGACAUCGAAGACAUCAAAGUCAGGCAUCGCGAUGACAGCAAAGAGCAGGUGGCUGCAAUGAUGGAAGACCUUCGCCAGCGCACCGGGGAGGGUAAACCUGAGCUACUGAUGACUGUCAUGGAGGGACUCUUCCGCUGUGGGAUUCCUUACAAGAAAGUCGACUGUCCUCACCUGGCACUCAAGAUUCUGCUGGAUUCCGUACUGUACACGGUGGCCCUCAGCACGCAUCCAAACUACAUGAAGCUUGGAGCUGAGCUUGGGUACAACAUCAUCCAUCUGAUGAGGAUCAACAAGCAGUGCAAAGGAGCGAGCAGACCUGAAAAAGCGUGCCAGCCGGAGUACACCAUCCUGCAGGAGUGGCAGGCGCAGAAGUGGAGCGGGAAGAGACAGGACCCGGUGGACAUGCUGCAGUGGCUGCACAUCGUGGUGCAGGAGAUGGGGGGCGAGGGGAACCCCAACCAGGAGUUCCGACACAUCCAGGGAGUCAUCCUCUUCCUGCUCUGCUACAAGAGGAUCCCGUUGUGAUGGUACUGGUACUGUCAGACAUUUGUUCACUCCAUUUUGUGGACCAACAUCACAGUUGGGGAGGGUACCAGUACAGAAAAUUCAGGUACAUGUACAGUCUAGGUCCAGAGGAUCAGGUCUAGCUCUAGACCUGAACCUGAUUGUGCAAACUUGUGAAUGGGCAGUACUAAAAAAAGUUUAAAAUCCUAUCUUCAUGUAAACAGCACUAUUGCCUCUGUUAACUUAGACGAAGUUUGACUGUAGAAACUUGUUAAAAAUGACUAUUAACUCCUCCCUACUUCAAUUUUGUUAUUUCUAGGGCCAGUAAGCCCCCAAACAUGUGAAUGCCUGCUGGUAUAAUGUGUUCAUUUUCGAAUUGGUUUAUAUGAAGCCUCAUAUAAACUGAUGUUCUUGAAAUGUACAAUGAAGUCUUAUGUCACAUAUAUCAUUUUGAGGACCAUGCUCCUCUCUAAUCUAUGCAGAAACAUAUUUAUUUUAUUCAACUUUUUAUCUAUCUUUUUUUCCAAAUCCAGUGUUUUUCCACCGUCUUCAAGUCAUUCCAGAAGUGUUCUCUUUAAAAGAUAUGAGCAAGUUCAUACCACAGACUUUCUGAUGCACAUGCAAUGCAAAAAUAAAUGUGAGUGUAAUAGCAACAUCAAAUGCAAUUUGAAGCUUCAUCAAAAGUCAACCAUGAUAAUGUUAGGCCUUAAUAAUAGCUAAUAGCUAUAGUUGGGCAGCCUUGGCUGUUUGUACAGCUUGACAAAUAAAUGUAUAAUGCUAUAGAUGAUAAUGUCUGAAAAACAUCACAGUAUUUGCUUUAAGUGAAAACAUACCGGUAACAGGGUUUCUGUGAUGCUUUCUAUGACAGGUGUCUGUUUUGAAGACACAGAACCAAGGGCUUCUUUGUUAACUUUGCUGGAUGAAAGACUUUGAACUUUGUACAUAUUCAGGGAUGCUUCAGGUUCUAUUAAGUAACUACCGAUAGCCACUCUUUUGAUUUUGAAAGUGGCAUUUUGCAUUAAUGUUUGUAUAUUUUGUGAAUUACUUAUUUCAAUAUAUGUACAUGUGGGUAUAACUAUGUAUAGGGGAAUUGUAAGGUAAAUAAUAUCAUUUAGAAUAUUAUUAGAAAAAACUAAUUAAAUGAAAAAAUGAAAUGUAGCCAGUAGACAGCUGUAGAAAAAAAGGGUUUUCUACCAGUCAUUUUGACCACUCAUUUUGAUACAUUUUAUACAGGUAACAAUUGGUGACGAUUUGUGAAUUUUGCUAACAUUUUGUAAAUUUUUGGCACAAUGCUUGUGAUAAUACUGCACUUGUCCAUCCAGUCAGGUAACAACAUAAAUAAAAUUGUACCUAGAAGGGAAGUAAAAUGAAUGAAAUGAUGCCAGUACUAGUAGCUAAGUCAUAUGGUUACAGGGUAUGGGUGGGCAAGAUGUUUGCACCAGUAUGAACGUAAGAAUAAGAUAGGAAAAAUGUAAGAAUAAUGUUGAGUGUAUGUACUGCAUUCUUGACUGUCUCUUUUAGGUCAAUUUUUAGGUGCAUUUGCCUGGAUGCCAGAUCCAUCCACUAGACGAUACUAACCAAUGUUUAUUGUAAUCCUUUUAAUAAAGGUUAAUUAGGUAUCUCUUUUUCUGUCUCUCUCUCUCUCUCUCUCUAGGUAUGUUUGUCUGUAUUUAUGUUACCAGCGCAAGCUGUCUGGGCUGACCUGGUGUAAUGAAUUGUUUUCAUUGUUAAUAAAUACAAAAGAUUACUCAAAGAUUGGGAGCAUCAAGCCACAGGCCAUUGUUCAAGUGCUUGAAAUGAGGUUACAUUGCUGGCAAAAUGGUUCAAUCUACAAUUGUAUCGGUACAAAGUUCUGGAGCUCGUGCAAGUGUUUGUUUCUGUUUCUUUCACAUAACUGGUAAACAGUCUUUAGGCAUAGCACACCAGUUUUGAA